AUGUGACCUCAUGUGACACUUCGAAAAAUGGCGUCUGCACUUGGGCUGCUUUUUAUUUCCUGUAUUACUCUGUCAGUUGUUUAUGGCAACAGUCAAAUCGAUGAUGUAAAAAAGUACCCAGAUCCAAGUCCGCAGACUCGGGGGUCUCCUUGGCCAGCUCCAAAGCAGAUGACAAUUUCGGAAACACAGCUCACAGUAGAUCAAGCGACCUUCAAAUUCGAGUUUUCUGAAACUGAAGUGUGUUCCAUAUUAGAGGAAGCAUUUGUUCGUUAUUUCAAAAUCAUAUUUGGUUCCUACUCCACAUCUUUAAAGUUUUCAUCUUGGAAAACGCUUCGCAGUAAUAUCGGAUCUAGAAGUCGUUAUUCAGGGACUGUGUCAGCUUUACAAGUGGUGUCACCAUGUAUAGACAAUAUUUAUCCAAGUCUGACAUCUGAUGAAUCCUACACGUUGGAAAUAUCAGAAAAAGGAGUGGCCACAUUGAAAGCUUCUGAAGUAUGGGGUGCUCUGAGAGGAUUGGAGACAUUUAGUCAGCUCAUCUAUCAGGACGGUCUAGGAACAUUUGUACUGAAUGCAACCAGUAUAGAAGAUGCUCCUAGGUUUCAACACAGGGGACUCCUGCUUGACACAUCCAGACAUUUCUUAUCUCUGGAUGUUUUGAAGGAGAAUUUGGAUGUUAUGUCACAGAACAAGUUGAAUGUUUUCCACUGGCAUAUUGUUGAUGACCAGGCUUUUCCAUAUGAGAGUUCCACCUUCCCAGAUAUGAGUAUGAAGGGAGCUUACAAUGCAUUUACACAUGUGUAUACACAAGAGAAUGUUAAGGAAAUUAUUGAGUAUGCAAGGCUGCGGGGUAUACGCGUUAUCCCAGAGUUUGAUUCACCAGGCCACACAAUGUCUUGGGGUAAAGCUAUAGCAAAUCUGUUGACCAAGUGUUACAGUGGUGGCAAGCCUUCUGGGGACGUCGGUCCAGUCAAUCCUGCAUUCAAUACAACAUACACGUUCUUACAGAACUUUUUUCAAGAGAUAUCUACGGUUUUUCCUGAUCAUUAUGUACAUCUCGGAGGUGAUGAAGUCUCUUUCGAUUGCUGGAAGAGUAAUCCUGAUAUAACAGCAUUCAUGGAAAAUAUGGGAUAUGGUAAAGACUAUGCUAAACUGGAAGAAUAUUACAUGGAGAAAUUGUUAAAUAUCGUAAGUGGUUUGAAGAAAGCAUAUAUCAUCUGGCAAGAAGUUAUUGACAAUGGGGCAAAGGUUGCUGCAGAUACUGUUAUUGAAGUAUGGAAGGGAGGAUAUCAGAAAGAAAUGAGUAAAGUUACUGCCCUUGGUUAUAAGACCAUUUUAUCAUCACCUUGGUAUGUCAACUAUAUAUCAUAUGGGAGUGAUUGGAUGAAUUAUUAUUCUGCGGAACCUUUAGAUUUUAAUGGUACAAAAGCCCAGAAAGAUUUAGUGAUGGGUGGAGAAGCAUGUAUAUGGGGAGAGUUUGUAGAUGGUACCAAUCUUCUUUCUCGACUAUGGCCGCGGGCAUCUGCUGUAGCUGAAAGACUGUGGAGCCCUGCCAGCUUUAACGAUACAAAACUUGCCACACCAAGAAUUGAUGAACAUAGAUGUAGACUUGUAAGACGAGGAUACCCAGCUGAGCCACUGAAUGGGCCAAGCUUCUGUGGACAUGAAUAUGUGUACCAUCAGUAAAAUAUUUCACUUGGAACAUUCCCCACAUAGUGAUCGUAGUUACAGAAGGGAAAAUUUCAACUUACAUCAUUGUAACAUUUAACGUUAACAUUCCUUAGAUUUAAAAUCUACGGGAUUUGGAGAGAAAAUAUUUUUGUACUGUUUUCAUAUUUUUUUUAGACUUAACACAUCAUUGUACCUAUUAGUCACUCUGAUUUAAUUCCAUUUGUAUGUUAUGUAAGCACCCUUGUCUAAUUUUAUUUGCAAGAAUUUUGAGGAUUGCAUAAACACGAGUUGUAUUUAUACACACCAUCUCUUUCUGAACCAGAUAUUUUUAAGUAAUAAUGUUCUGAAAAUUAUUGAAGAAAACACAAUUUUUUGUGAUUUUGAUACCAAUAUAUAAUUUUUCUAGCUACUUCAUUAUACGAAUACAAUUUUACAGUUUGUGCGUUGUUUACCAGCAUGCACGCUAUUUUCAAGUUUGUAAUGGACAGGCUAUUCAGGUUUUUGUUCUCAUAUUGCCCUGGUUAUAAACAGUCCUUUUUCAUGUGUAUUUUAACAGUGCCAUGAAAAAUGUCAGUAAGAAUGUAAAUAUUGGAGACUUUUUUCCUAGACUGUAAUACAAAUGACACUAUUUUAUUGAUUAGUAUUUGAUUCCUAAGAUUUAAAAGUGAUCAUAUAUAAUAUAAUAGAAUUUACAGUAAGCGCCUACCGUAUAGCGGGUUAUUUCUGGGGGAAAAUGUUUCUGCGGUCUCUCGGUAGAAUCGCAAAAAUUAUUUCCAGCAGAAUAUUCAUCCAGCAAAAAUUUAAAACGCAAAAAAUCUGCAUUUUUUUAACCAACGUUGUUUCACGCUAUGUUAUCCCAGGUAAUCUGAAGUUCACAAUGGCCUGGUCUAAUUAUUGAAAAUUACCGUCGCCAUCUAAUGUUAUUACCGAUAAUGGUAUAAUCAUGAUAAUUAGGCGUGUUGAUCAAUCAAAGUCCUAACUGUUAAUCCCUCAGAAAACCUUUUUCUUUUGUGAAUGAAAUAAACUGAGUGAAUUUCACUUGUGUUGUUCUUAUUAAUACCUUGUGACAAUCUUCCAAACUAGGUAUACUUUAGUAACAUUUAUAUGAGUGUAACCGUUAUAUAUAUAUAACGUAGUUUGCAGUUGGUGUUUGUGCAAUAAUUUAUUAUUGUUGGACUUAUAUUUUUUCAUUUCGCAAGUUAUUAUAUCCUACAAUGUAUUCAUUAAAUGCAAAGUUACUUUACAGCAGUUACCAGUAAUUUAGUUUAUUGUUUUCAUACUCUAUCAUUCUCACAACGUCCGAUCAUGCGAGGAAUUACCUCCUCCUUGGCACCGAAAACGCAGAAAUUUCUCUUCCUUUUAGGUGAAAACGCAGAAAUUAAACACGCAGAAAUUUGUUUCACAUUUUUUGGGGCCAAAACGCAGAAUAUUUUGACCGCAGAAAUAACCCGCUAUACGGUAUUUUCACACUGGGUUGGUAAUAAAUGGAUGUUUAGAUCAGCCUCGAACCUAUCACAGAUGCAUAAUGAAAUAGUCCAAAUUGUUUAAGUCAAUAUAGUGGUCUUUUUUAGUAUGCCAUUAGUUAUAUUUUACAGAUGUGCAAUAUAAGGCUAGGUUUAUUUCAAGACUGGGUUUAAAGCCAUUUUUAGCUCAUCUGAUUUUUGGAAAAAAAAUGAUGAGUUAUUGUCAUCACCUGAGCGGUUGUCGGCGUCGGCGUUGCCUGGUUAAGUUUUAUGUUUAGGUCAGCUUUUCUCCUAAACUAUCAAAGCUAUUGCUUUGAAACUUGGAAUACUUGUUCACCAUCAUAAGCUGACCCUGUAUAGCAAGAAACAUAACUCCAUCUUGCUUUUUGCAAGAUUUAUUGCCCCUUUUAUACUUAGAAAAUAUCAGAUUUCUUGGUUAAGUUUUAUGUUUAGGUAAACUUUUCUCCUAAACUAUCAAAGCUAUUGCUUUGAAACUUGGAAUACUUGUUCACCAUCAUAAGCAGACCCUGUACAUCAAGAAACAUAACUCCAUCUUGCUUUUUGCAGGAAUUAUUGCCCCUUUUGGACUUAGAAAAUCAGUUUUCUUGGUUAAGUUUUAUGUUAAGGUCAGCUUUUAUCCUAAACUAUCAAAGCUAUUCCUUUAAAACUUGCAACACUUGUUCAUCAUCAGAAGCUGACCCUGUACAGCAAGAAACAUAACUCCAUCCUGCUUUUUGCAAGAUUUAUGGCCCCUUUUGGACUUAGAAAAUAUCAGAUUUCUUGGUUAAGUUUUAUGUUUAGGUCAACUUUUUCUCUGAAACUAUCAAAGCUAUUGCUUUAAAACUUGCAACUCUUGUUCACCAUCAUAAACUGACCCUGCAAAGCAAGCAACAUAACUCCAUCCUGCUUUUUGCAAUAAUUAUUGCCCCUUUUGGACUUAGAAAAAUCAUUUUCUUGGUUGAAUAUUAUGUUUAAGUCAACUUUUCUCAUAAACUAUCAAAGCUAUUGCUUUAAAACUUGCAACAGUUUUUCACCAUCAUAAGUGGACACUGUACAUCAAGCAACAUAACUCUAUCCUGCUUUUUGCAAGAGUGAUGGCCCUUUUUAGACUUAGAAAAUCAUGGGUAAGGACAAUAUUUCUAUUAUACAAAAAAAAUCAGAUGAGCGUCAGCACCCGCAAGGCGGUGCUCUUGUUCAAUAGUGUUUCAGUUAUGUAACAGCAGUCGGUUAACCUAACCAUGUUCCUGGAUUCUGUACCAGUACAAACCUGUUCUCCGCAAGUAACUACCAACUUCCCCACAUGAACCAGAGGUGGAGGACAAAUGAUUUUAGACACGAUGUCUUUUAUCAAUUCAUGGUGAAUAACAUACGCCCCAUCCAGGGAUCAUACUCUUGACCCCACGAUCCAUAGAUUGGCGUUUUCCCUACUGAGAUAAGUGGGCGGGCUCAAAACAUGUACUAGAAAUGUUUCUUGAGCUUUGAACUUCAUGCCCUUGCUCUUUGGCAGUUGGUGAUAGUUUCCGAUUCUUGACACUUUGUAUUGAUGUUGCCAUAUAUCCAAAAUGGGGAAUUUUUUCUUUACAGAAUUCAUAUCAUAUACUUCUUGAUGCAUUAUUUUACUAUUUUAUACUUUCAUUUCAGUAAUACAAAAUAAAUCUAUAUGAUUA